AUGACCAUGAAAGACUCCACUAUCCAGACUUGGAUUCUGACCAUGACCAAGAAAGACUUUCUGGUCCAGAGUUGGACCGAGAUCAGGACCAGGAAACAGGACCAAAACAAACAGCCUGUAACAGAACAAGUGUCAUCCAUCGGACCCUCCUCAGCCGACCCAACUAACCCUGACCAGGAGCCAGUCACUGACAAGCCUUGUGGGGAUGAGGCUGGGGAGCCAGGUGGUGGCAUCCCAGCCGUGGUGAUCACUCAGGCACAGGAGGCACGAGAACUUGCACAGGUCCAGCCUGGGGAACCAGAAGCAGCAAGGUUGAAGGGACCAGAGAGACCACAAGAUCUGAUGUUACCAGCAGUAUCAGUGAUGGCUAAAGGCCCUAAUCCCAGCCCUAUCUCCAGCCAAGGUCCUAGCCCUAAUCUCAGCACUAUGACCAGCUCUAGUCCCAUCCCUAGUCCAGGUCCCAGUUCCAGCCCUUGUCCCAGCCUCAGUCCGGGUCAUAGUCCCAGCCCUUCUCCCAGCCCUAUCCCAAGCCCUUGUUCCAGCCUCAGUCCAGGCUUUAGUGACUGUCCUAGUCCCAGCCCUAUCCCCAGCCCUUGUUUCAGUGAUGCCAGUGACGGAGUUGACAUGGCCUGCUCUGAUUUGCUGUCCCUGGGAAGUGACUCUGUUUCCCUGUGUGCCAGCGAGGUGACCAUCUCUUCCAGGGGUUAUAGGCAGCAGCAGGGCCAAGAGGAUGAUUCCAGAAGUGUUGCUGCGUCCUCUGUCAUGUCUCUGUUCCACCGAAUCCAGAUGGAGCCUCUUGAGAAGGACUGGCUGCGGAGUUGUGUCCUGGGGAACACUGCUGCCCUCCGCCAGCUCCUUAGGCAGGACCCCAGUCUGGCCUCCAAGAAGGAUGAGCGAGACUGGAAUACACUGCACUGAUCUGAUCCUUCUGACAGGACUUCAUCACUG